AUGGACUACUACCCCAAAAUUGGGCAUCCCUUCCUUCCACGGUUAACACAUUUUGUCUUUGCAUACCUUGCAAUCCUCAAAUAAACCCCAUAAACCCUAACCUUCAAGUUAUUCCAUCCCCAACUUCACUUCCAAUCUAACUUUCUUCUUCCCCCAUAUCUCCUCCCCAUUGCCAUUUUCCCCAUUCUUCAAGAUUUUCCAGCCCUCAAAUCCUCCUUCCCCAAAAAACAGUCGAGUCAAUCUCCCCCCGAACUUUCCUGUCAGUUUCGUCUCCCCCUAUUAAAUCUGAAAUCUCACCAAAUCCACUAAAUUCCACCCUCUUCCUUAAUUGAAUUAAUAAAGACAAAUAAAUAAUGUUGAAACAAAUAGGAAAGAGAGUAGGAAAUGUUGGAAAGAAAAUUACGCGUACAAUUUCCAAGCCCUUUAAGAAGCCACGCAGGAGACCCUCUGUAUCCAUACCCCCACCAUCCCCUUCACCGUCGCCACCUACGACACCAUCUCCGCCUCCGAUGAUGUCACUACCGAAACCCCAGAUGUCCAAGAUCCGUCCUUUUCUCUUCCCCACCGCUCAGUCCACUGUCCUCCCUGACCCCUCCACCUUCUUCUCCCCUUCCCUCCUCUCAACCCCUCUCCCCACCAACUCCUUCUUCCAGAACUACACCCUAAAAAAUGGUGACCAACCCGAAUACAUUCAUCCAUAUCUGGUCAAAUCGUCGCUCUCCUCUCUUACCGUCUCCUACCCAUCUCGUUUCCACAACUCUGCUUUCCUGUACCAGAUCUUCGUCGCUGAUCUCACCAUCUCUGCGACAGAUAAAACCUCUCCAGAUUCUAAGCAAAGCCAUAUAAUCUCUGAUUACAACGAUCUGAGUGUCACUUUGGACUUACCUUCAUCAAAUCUCCGUUUCUUUCUCGUCCGGGGAAGCCCCUUCCUCACUUGUUUGGUCGCCGGAAAUACCACAAUUUCAAUUUCUACUAUUCAUGCGAUCAUUUCAUUUUCAUCAAAUAGUUCGCUCACCAAGUACACCGUUAAACUCAACAACGGUCAGACCUGGCUUAUAUAUACGUCGUCGCCGAUCAAUAUGAGCAACAGUCUUUCUUUGAUAACUUCCACAGGGUAUUCGGGUAUACUCCGGAUUGUUGUUUUGCCAAACUCCGAUCCCGGAUAUGAGUCAAUUCUUGAUCGGUUCAGUUCUUGCUAUCCUACCUCAGGCCAUGCUUCUUUCACCAAACCAUUUUGUUUAGAAUACAAAUGGGAGAAGCAAGGAUGGGGUGAUUUGCUUAUGCUGGCACAUCCUCUCCAUCUAAAGAUUCUGUCUGGGGAUGAUUGUGAUGUUACUGUUCUGGAGAAUUUCAAGUAUAAAAGUAUUGAUGGUGAUCUCGUUGGUGUUGUUGGUGAUUCAUGGGUGUUGAAACCACCCCAAGUUUCAGUGACUUGGCAUUCAAUUAAAGGGAUACAGGAAGAAUCAUAUCCUGAGAUUAUUUCUGCACUUUGCAAGGACGUUGAGGCCUUGGAUUCAUCAGCAAUAUCGACAACUUCAUCGUAUUUCUAUGGUAAAUUGGUAGCAAGAGCGGCAAGGUUGGCUUUGAUUGCUGAAGAAGUGAGUCACCUUGAUGUGAUGCCUGCAAUAAGGAAGUUCUUGAAGGAUUCAAUCGAGCCAUGGUUGGAUGGUACAUUUAAUGGGAAUGGUUUUCUGUAUGAUUCUAAAUGGGGUGGAAUUGUCACCAGACAAGGGUUAGUGGAUAGUGGGGCAGAUUUUGGAUUUGGAGUUUACAAUGAUCACCAUUAUCAUUUGGGGUACUUUUUGUAUGGCAUUGCAGUACUGGCAAAGAUUGAUCCUGCGUGGGGGAGGAGGUAUAAGGCUGAAGCUUAUUCUCUAAUGGCUGAUUUUAUGAACUUAGGGAGGAGAUCAAAUUCGAGUUAUCCUCGUUUGAGAUGCUUUGAUUUGUAUAAAUUGCAUUCUUGGGCUGGAGGUUUGACUGAAUUUGCUGAUGGACGGAAUCAAGAGAGCACCAGUGAGGCAGUGAAUGCAUACUAUUCUGCUGCACUAAUGGGGUUGGCCUAUGGAGACACCCAUCUUGUUGCAACUGGAUCUAUGCUGACAUCAAUGGAGAUUCAAGGAGCACAAACAUGGUGGCAUGUGAGGGAGGAAGAUAAUUUAUAUGAAGAAGAUUUCACUAGAGAGAACAGGGUAGUGGGUGUCUUAUGGGCUAACAAGAGGGACAGUGGCCUUUGGUUUGCUCCUCCUGACUGGAAAGAAUGCAGGCUUGGAAUUCAGUUGCUACCAAUACUGCCUAUCUCUGAGGUUUUGUUCUCUGAUGUUGGCUUUACCAGGGAGCUGGUGAACUGGACACUACCAGCUUUAGGGAGGGCAGGAGUUGAAGAAGGAUGGAAAGGGUUUGUCUAUGCCUUGGAAGCAAUUUAUGACAAAGAGAGUGCGUUGGAGAAGAUAAGAAAAUUGAAUGGAUAUGAUGAUGGGAAUUCUCUUACUAAUCUCUUAUGGUGGGUUCACAGCAGGGGUGAUGAAGAGGAAGGGGAAUAUGGUGGGAUGGGGAAAUACUGCUGGUUUAGUCACUAUUGUCACUGAGUUUAUUUGCCUUUACUAUUAUGAUAUGAUCUUUUGAAUAUUUCAAGUCAUCUAGACAAUGUUUUCUUCCCCUGUUCUCCUUAUCAAUGCAUUUGCUUUGUCGCCACCAAGUUAGUGAAUCUAGAUAUGAACCAAAAAGUAAUCACUAAAGGAAAAAAAUUUGA